GCGAGUUGCACGCGUCACGUGACCUCCGACCCCCGCGCGCAUGCGCAGAGCGCGACUCGGGCCUCGCGGAACAGAAUGGCGGCCGGGCCGAUCUCGGAGCGAAACCAGGAUGCCACUGUGUACGUUGGUGGACUAGACGACAAAGUGAGCGAGGCGCUACUAUGGGAGCUCUUUCUGCAGGCAGGGCCGGUGGUAAACACCCACAUGCCCAAAGACCGCAUCACUCAGCAACACCAAGGCUACGGCUUCGUCGAAUUCCUCGGCGAAGAAGAUGCCGACUACGCGAUUAAAAUCAUGAACAUGAUCAAGUUGUACGGCAAGCCGAUCCGCGUCAACAAAGCGUCGGCCCACAACAAGAACCUCGACGUGGGCGCCAACAUCUUCAUCGGGAACCUGGACACGGAGAUCGACGAGAAGCUGCUGUACGACACGUUCAGCGCGUUCGGCGUCAUCCUGCAGACCCCCAAGACGAUGCGCGACCCUGAAACGGGCAACUCGAAGGGCUACGCCUUCAUCAACUUCGCGAGCUUCGAGGCCUCCGACGCCGCCAUCGAGGCCAUGAACGGGCAGUACCUGUGCAACCGGCCCAUCUCCGUCUCGUACGCGUUCAAGAAGGACUCGAAGGGCGAGCGCCAUGGCUCGGCCGCCGAGCGCCUGCUCGCUGCGCAGAACCCGCUCUCGCAGGCGGACCGCCCCCACCAGCUGUUCGCCGACGCGCCGCCACCCCCGCAGGCCCCCUCCGUGCCCGUUUCUGGGAUGCCCAUGCCGCCGCCCGGAAUGUCUAUGAUGGGAGGGCUUCCCCCGCCGGCUCCGAUGCCCGGCUCUCUGCCUCCCGGGAUGACGAUGUCGGGCGCCAUGAUGUCUCACGGCAUGUCCGCCAGCAGCUCGGCGGGGCCCUCGCCCAGCCCCGGCCACCCGCACUCCUCGGGCCCGCCGCCCGUGCCGCCUCCCUUCCCUCCCGUCAUGCCCCACCCAGGAAUGCACCCGAUGGGGGUGAUGCCGCCCCACAGCAUGGGCAUGGUGCCCCCUCCCCCGGCUCCGCCCGUGUCGGUUGGGGGUCAGGGCCCCCCAUCCCGGCCCCCAUCUCACUCGAUGCCCCACGGCCCCCCUCCUCCACACAUGGGCAUGCCGCAUCGUGGGCCCCCCUUUGGCCCCCCAAUGGGCCCCGCUCCUCCGAACAUGAGGGGCCCCCCCCACCACAUGCCGCCCAUGGGAUACGGAGCCCCCCCACGGCCGCCUCCCUUCGGCUUCCCUCGUGGGCCCCCACCGCCUCCCCCGCGCGGGAUGCGGCCCCCUCCUCCGCAGGUCCAGAUGCGGGGACCCCCUCUCCUCCCGCAGUAAAACGUCUCCCCGCCAACCAGUUUCUUAUGCCCCCUUUUUUGCACCGUCACAUCCGGGCCGUGCUGACGAGGGACCCGCACAGUACGGGUGGUUUUCCACUGAGCUGGACCAAACUCGGAAAACUCUGGCCCCGGGGGCCAAGCGGGGUCAGAGCCGGGGUUUAAGUGCACGCUUCAGGAAAUGCGAAAUAUUUAGUCAUGCAUUGGCAUGCACGUGCGUCUUGGCUCAUUGUGACGUCGUCGUCAGCACAGCUCGGGUUCUGCAGUGGAGAAACAACCUCGCGCUAGGCUGGAUCGCACGUGCGGUGGGGAAAAAAGAGGCAUUAGAUUACUACUGCUGCCCAUCCACAGAGCUAGAGAAUCUUGAGGGAGUUCUCCGCUCUGGGAAGUCAAGUCGGGGGCAACACCGUCUCUGUUUUCUGUCGUCAUAGCCGAAGGUCGCGUCUCGGGAGUGAUUUUAAUAAACACAGAUCUUUGUAACAUU